UUUGCUUAUGGUUAACUCCUGUCGACUUUGAUUUAUGAGGACCCUAUGAAUGAGACAGCUUCAAGUUGCCCUACCUUCCUAACAAAGGCUAUAUUAUGACAAUGAUGGACCCUGAUUUGUUGCCUCAAUUAAGAAAUGAUUCCUGGACACCCAAUAACACUGUGGUAUGUAGACGCCAGCACAAGUUGGAGGAUGAAAUAAUAUACAUCAUCAAUCAGUUCGUCUGCAUCUUUGGUCUGAUGGGAAAUGGAAUUGUCCUUUGGUGCCUCAGAUACUAUGUCAGAAAGAAGCCCAUCAUGAUAUACAUCCUCAGCUUGGCACUAGCUGAUUUCGCCUACCUCCUCUGUUGCUUCUUUGUUACCUUAGUUUUUUCUGUUGAAUAUUUCAGCAACUGGUAUUGUUUCCCAUCCUCUGAGAUGUUGCUCGUAGUGUACAAAGUGGAACUCUUCUUAUAUAGCACUGGCAUGUAUUUCCUAACAGCCAUUAGUGUUGAAAGGUGCUUGUCUGCUCUAUUUCCAUUCUGGUAUCGCUGCCAUCGUCCUAAGUGGGUGUCUGGUGCUGUAUCUGUAGUGCUGUGGAUUUUUGCUGCCUUGCUCAGUGGAGUGAGCAUCUUGGCUAUAUGGGAAAAAACAGUCUCUCAAAAGAUGAAAAAAGUGAUCCAAAUUAUAAAUAUCUUGUUCGUUGCCCCCAUUAUGGUUCUAUCCAGCCUAAUCCUGUUCACAAAACUAAUGUGCUGUUCACCACAACGACAACUAGGACAUCUUGGUAGGACAAUAUUACUCACCAUUUUCUUCUUCAUCAUUUUUGGCACUCCCCUCAGCAUAGAACAUUGGCUUACAGGCAACAAGAAGUUCCCAAAUAUAUUCUACUUGCUUGCCUCGAUAAACAGUAGCCUCAAUCCAGCUAUUUAUUUCCUAGUGGGUUGUCAUAGGGAGAAAUGGUUCAGGGAGCCUUUUCGGUUCGUCCUACAAAGGGCCCUCAACGAGGAGAUAAGUGCAUACUAAGGAAGGCGUGGUCUACAAUGCAGAAUAGCAGAAAAACAAAUAGCCAAGGUCAAGGAGGCCUUGGUGGUUUUCAUACAAAAAGCCUAAUUUGGUUUCUUUAUGUUAAAUUGGCUUUUCAUUGAGAUAGUGAGGGCAAUUAGAUCACAUCAGAAGGGGUGCUUCUCAGAGUCAAAUUAGACAUGAAAGGGAAUUUGUAUUAAAUUAAAUUGACACAAUUUCAUUUUAGAGAUGUUAAAUCAAUGCCUCUGUAACCAGACUUGCAAAUAGUCUGUUUUCCAAUGAGCAGACACAAAGCAAGGCAUAUUAAAUGCAAUGAAGGAGAAUACAUACUAUGCCAAAUACAUAUAUUUUGCCACAUGAGGUAGCCCCUCUUUUAAAUAUGCUAAAUGUUUUGUAUAGUUUGACCUUCAGAGGUUUUAGAAGGAAUAACUAUGUUCCAGCUGUAUUACUUUCAGUAUUAAAAGUAGAAAACCUUAAGCCUCUGGUUCUCAGCUUGGGGCACCUGCCCCACAAGGGGGGGGGGCAAUUUGAUUUUUAUGGGGGCAAUUCGAGAAUGAGUUAUUAAUAGUGAAUGUUCUGCAUUUCCUAUGGUUUUAGGAGUCUCAUAUACAGUUUAUAUGUAUAUAAAGCCGCUUUGAGUCUCCUUGUGGAGAGAAAAAGUGGGGUAUAAAUAAACAACAUCCAUUUCUGUUUUAUUGACUGUUAUAAAGCCUUUGACUGUGUGGAUCAUAAUAAAUUGGGGCAAGUUCUUGGUGGUAUGAGCAUACCAAAUCACCUUAUUUCUCUGCUGAGGAAUCUGUAUAAGGAACAAGUAGCAGUAGUAAGAACUGACUAUGGAACAACAGACUGGUUCAAGAUUGGGAAAGGCGUAUGGCAGGGUUGUAUACUCUCACCCAACCUAUUCAACUUGUAUGCAG